GUCACAGCAUCUCCGCGCGGCAUUUCGCGCUCGUAGUGCCGACCUCCCUGAAUGACAGUAUUGAUCUAAACGCAUGGGACGAAAUAUGACGUUUUGAGGAUUUCUGAGAUUCAGAAGGAAUUGUUUUCUGUUCAGAAAGUGGACACCUUUGUUUGACCAGAUAUAUGCAUGGCAAGUAGCACUUCAACCUCGGAUAUAGCAUGCCAUUCCUUGACAUUACGGGCCGCCUUCAACGGGCAAGAAGCUCGCGAAAAGUAGUCCUUGCCCUCGUUCACUUCUCGCUCCUGCUUGAUGGGUUUCUGCUGACAGUAGUUGUUCCAAUUCUGCCCGACUUUCUCUACCAAAUCGAACUGGCCGAAGACAGGCGGAAAUACCUGGCGAAACAGUGCCACACCUGUUGUCCAUGCAAUGCGUCCAAACCACUGGCGCCCCCUGAUGAAAACGGCCUCAUAUCGAACGAAACAUUUAUGAACGUGACUGAUGGAUUUGGCUACAUGCUACCCCAGGAUAUAAUCAAUGAGAAUAGUAAAGUCGGAUGGCUGUUUUCUUCCAAGGCGAUCGUUCAGCUUUUGGCAAAUGGCAUCAUUGGGCAACUUACAAACAGAGUAGGCUACACCAUACCCCUGUUCGCUGGAGUUGUGAGUCUGACUAUAUCUUCACUGGGUUUCGCACUUGCCAACUCCUACAUCCCGCUGUUCAUCGCCCGAGCCAUCCACGGCAUUGGAGCAGCGUGCUUUCUCAUUGCGGGCAUGGGUAUAUUGGCUGACAUCUACCCGGAGGACCUCGAAAGGAGCAGAGCGAUGGGAAUAGCUCUUGGAGGACAGGCUAUUGGCGUUCUCGCCGGCUAUCCCGCAGGAGGUGCCUUGUACCAGUUUGUCGGCAAGACAGCACCCUUCAUGAUCUGCGCCACGCUUCUCACAGUUAACGGCGGUCUUCAAUUUCUUCUCCUACAACCUAGCAUCAGCACGAAGAAAUGCCUUGUGGGAGAGUCUUGGUAUCAUCUGCUCAGGGACCCUUAUAUUCUGGUGGCCGCCGGUGCCCUGAUGUUCCCUGAGAUGGCGAUGGCCAUGCUAGAACCAACCCUUCCAAUAUGGCUGGCCGAUAAUAUGCACUUGGAAAAGUGGCAAAUUGGUGCUGUUUUUAUUCCCGAUAGUGUUGGAUUCCUGAUUGGGUGCAACGCGUUUGGUAUCGUAAGCCAAAAGAUAGGAAGAUGGGUGUGCAGUAUUACAAGCCUUCUGCUGGUUGGGGGAUCUCUGAUAUGUGUGCCAUUUGCUACACAGAUGCCCCACCUCAUUCUGCCUCACUUUGGGUUUGGAUUUGGAAUAGGAAUCAUAGAUGCAUCCAUGAUGCCCCUCCUUGCGUUAUUGGUGGACCAACGUCACGUGGCCAUGUACGGGAGCGUUUAUGCCAUUGCUCAAGUCGCCAUCAGCCUCGCUUUCGCUAUCGGACCUUCCGUUGGUGGACAGAUCGUGAAGUCGGUCGGGUUCCCGUGGCUUAUACGAGGGAUGGCCAUAGUGAUCGUCGUUUAUAGUCCACUUUGCUACUUCCUGAAGAACCCGCCCGGAAAGGAGGAAAAUAAGUCAAUCCUAGCGGGGGAAGAAAAUGGCCACGCAAUGUAUACCAACGAAAAAGAGGCGUCGUUCAACUACUCCAGAUUCAAGGGAGAUGAUGUCACUCCCUAAUCACGUGACAAAAAGUGGCGGUCGGCCAACCUCAUUCCCGGCACUCAUCAGGCCACUCGGGCUGAAAAAAUCAUGGGGACUGUGGCAACUCGACGCAGACGACCUGCUCCUAGUCGAAACAACAUUGUUGGUGAACGACAGUUUUCCUCUGUCCACAGGCCACCAUUAGAGAUACAUGUGUGCUCGCUAUGGCAUGUGUGGUCCUUUAUUGGUGCUGCUCUGGGUAACAAGGUUUUGGUUUGAGGUUGUGCUGCCACCUAUCGGAACGAAAUCGAUCACUCUCAACGAGUGGAAGGAAAAGGGGUGUCUCCCAACCAGAUGGCUUUUAUGGCAGAAAAUAUACUUAUUUUUGUGAGACAUAUUAGCACGAUUUUGCGCAUUUAGUUAGGUCAAUGUCGGUGUAGCGUAUUUGCAUCUAUAUUGUGUUGGCACAAGUUGUGAUUUAGGAACAGAUUUUUUUUUUGAAAAACCUGACGACCCAGUUUCAACAAAGGUUUGACUUCGUAGGAAGACCCCUGGCCCAGCCCUCGUAAAAUAACCGAAAAUGAUGUUCUUACAUCGUGCCUGCUCAGGAUACUCACAGUUGACAUUCAUGAAUGUAAUGAUUUGAUGGAAUGCAGAAGAUUUAAUUCUUUGCGACCAUAAAUCUACUGGAUACACUCAUUUCCCUCCCCUCUCCCCCUGCUGAAUUCUUUUUAGAAUGCAAUUGCGCACAUAAGGCCUACUAAGUGUAGACCACACUCCUUGCACAGUGAUAGUAGUGUGAUGAGGCGGUAUCCUACUGUCGUACUUUGGAGAAUAAGUGCAGACGUUACAGUUUUCCUGAUCUUUAAUGACCUGUUGUCGAUUUUACAGACACAUCUUC